AUGGCUGAGCCAUACCCUGCGGAGACGAAUGCAUCCGGCGAAAUCACAUCCUUCAUCGCGCUCCCAACGGUCUUUACCCCGCCAUCGAGUUGUUCAACCGUCUUCCGACUCAACGGCUUCAGUAUAGUAGCCUAUGACCCAGGCUUCGGAAUUGAUGUCGAUACGAGAGUCCGUUGCGCACCGGCCGCUGUAACGACAUGGUGGGAGCAAAGGCGACUCGGAGUCUACAACGGCGACGGGCACACUGCCAUGAGCAUCGGACCUUUGACAUGCCCUUACCAAUGGUCCACCGUCGCUUCGUACGUGAAAGAUGAAGUCAGUACGCUGGCAAUGUGCUGUCCGCCAGACUACACCCUAACGAACACGAAUGGCCAUGUCGGGUCUCUUGUCGGAGACUGCCGGUCCAACGUUUUGACUGGCGCCGUCCUUACGUUUGCAUCUUCUAAUGUGUCAGAGGGUCGGUGGAGGAUGAACACCACCACCGUAGAGUGGGAGUCUUUCAUCGGGGCCAUUGCUGUUGUGGGAUGGAACACUCUUCCAGGGGCUACCGGCGCUCCAUCCAGUUUAUCUGCCACCGUAACAACCAACCUCAGCCCACCAGCAGAAACAAAUACAGACGCUUCAGCGCUUCCCCGGCAAACAGCACCCACAGAGCCGACGCCAACGAUACUGCCGUCCACCCCAACAGAGAUCCCCACGGCAGUAACCCAAGGCAUGCAGCUUAGCACGACUGUCGGUAUUGGGGUCGGAGUAGGUGUCGGUGUCAUUGCAAUAUUUCUCGUUGCGUUCUUGCUCUGGAGGAGAAGGCGACGGCAAUUUCGCAAUUCAGAAGAGCCCCCAGCUUUUGAUGCGCGGGCACCAAUACCGUACGAGCCGGACAAGUAUGCGUACCAGUCGUACUAUCAUGAGCUUUACGGUUAUCAAGAUGGAAGACCAGCAGGAAUGGCGGAGAUGCCUGUCCCUCAGUAUGUUGCGGAGCUAGAUGCACGAUACCCUCGAGUUAUUUGA